AUGGGCACGCCUGAGCUGGCGUUGUAUGUUCAUCGUAAUUCAGUAUGCUAUAAAAGUGUGAUCGUUUUCACACGAACGAGCACCGAGGUGUCUAAAGCCCUGAAACAACUCUACAGCAAACAAAUUAGAGCAGGAUGCAGUCUUCAAACCACCGACUGCGGGACAUGGAGCAGCACCACCCACUGCUGUCCGCCUCAGGGGAUGUUGAAGCUGGAGGUCUUGGGGCUGGUGUGA